AUGUGGCGGUCACCACUGACGUCACUAUUUCAUGUAGGUCGUUGUGGACUGUUAGUUCAGGUCCGAGCUAUAUGCUACAAGGAGGGAAGUGACGUCAUGGACCUGGGGGCAAUGCGGAAGAGUUACCGGGGCGACGAUGAGGCCUUUGAGGAAUGUCACUUGGUCUCCCACAAUCCAAUCAACCAGUUCACUGCAUGGUUCCAGGAGGUUGCACAGUGCCCAGCUAUUGCAGAGCCCAAUGCCAUGUGUCUGGCAACAGCUACCAGGGAUGGGAAGCCGUCCGCUCGCAUGGUGCUUCUGAAAGGGUUUGGCCAAGAUGGCUUCCGGUUUUAUACCAACGGAGAUAGCAGAAAAGGGAUUGAGCUUGAGUCUAACCCUGUGGCAUCCCUCCUAUUCUUUUGGGAGCCGUUUAAUCGUCAGGUUCGUAUUGAAGGCACUGUGGAACACCUUUCUGACCAAGAAUCUGACAAUUACUUCCAGUCUCGUCCUAAAAGCAGUCAGAUUGGAGCAGUUGUAAGCAAGCAAAGCAGUGUGAUCCCCAAUCGAGAGUAUCUACGUAAGAAGAAUGCAGAGCUUGAGGCUGAAUACAAAGAUAAAGAAGUAACCAGACCGUCCGCAUGGGGAGGUUACAUUGUACGCCCUUCUGUAAUGGAGUUCUGGCAAGGUCAGACCAAUCGCCUGCAUGACCGCAUUGUCUUUCGACGACCACAAGGAGAAGAAACAGAGCUAAGUCCAUGGACCCAGCCUGGGGAAGAUGGGUGGGUUUAUGAACGCCUUGCACCCUGAACAUAAGGGACGGGGCUAUUAUAAAAUUGAAAUACUCCCACUAAACACCUCUACCUCCAUUUCAUUAAGUGUGUGAUCAAUUUCUUUAUGCCAACAUCCUUCAUUGAAACUGAGCCACUGCUGCCCUACUAUGAGUAUUAUGUCUGAUACUGUAAUCUGAUGUUAUGGAAUGUAUAUUAAUUAAUGAUAAGUGGGAGAAAACUAGUAAAUCAGGACACAUAUAGUGUUAUUAAUAAUAUGUUGUAAAUUGUUAAUAAAUGAUGUCAUUUUAAACAGGAA